AUGGCGACCGCAACGUCCAACCACUACAGCGUCCUCACCACCCCCGGCAGCGCGCCGCCGCCGCACUCGGAGUCCGGGAGCAUGCAGCAGGCGGCCGCGUACAGGGACGCGCACACCCUGCUCCAGAGCGACUACGGCACGCUGCCGGGCGGCGGACAUCCCCUCAGCCAAGCGCACCAGUGGAUAACGGCGCUGUCGCACGGCGACGGCGGCGGGGCGCCGUGGCCGCCCAGUCCCCUCGGAGAGCAAGACGUGAAGCCCCAGCAGCAGCAGCAGCAGCAACAGCGACACCCUCACCUCACGCACCAAGCGCAUCACGACGCCAGAGCAUGGCGAACGAGCACAGCUACCACGCACAUCCCCGGUAUGGCGACGUCUGAGGGCCAGAGCCUGGUGUAUUCCCAGUCCGGUUUCGGUCUGAUGCCGGCGGGGGAGCAAGGGGGGAUGCACCAUCACCCCCUCCGGGACGAGGAGCACCACAGCCACAGCCCUCACCUCAGUGAACACGGAGGCGGCCCCGGGGCCCACCAGCAGUCCCUCUCGCACCACCACCAUCACGGGGGGCACCAGGCGGACCACUCGGACGAGGACACGCCGACGUCGGACGACCUGGAGCAGUUCGCCAAGCAGUUCAAGCAGCGGCGCAUCAAGCUGGGCUUCACCCAGGCGGACGUGGGUCUGGCUCUGGGGACGUUGUACGGAAACGUCUUUUCACAGACCACCAUCUGCAGGUUCGAGGCGCUUCAGCUCAGCUUCAAAAACAUGUGCAAACUCAAGCCCUUGUUGAACAAGUGGCUGGAGGAGGCGGACUCCACCUCAGGGAGCCCCACCAGCCUGGAUAAAAUCGCGGCGCAAGGGAGGAAAAGGAAAAAGCGGACCUCCAUCGAGGUAGGCGUCAAGGGGGCUCUGGAGAGCCAUUUUCUCAAAUGUCCAAAGCCGGGAGCAGCGGAGAUCAACUCCAUAGCGGACAGCCUGCAGCUGGAAAAGGAGGUGGUGAGGGUUUGGUUCUGUAACAGGAGGCAGAAGGAGAAAAGGAUGACCCCCGCUGGGGGACAGUUAGCAGGAGGAGGAGAGGACCUAUAUGGGGAUACACCUCCCCACCACGGAGGACAGACUCCCGUGCAGUGA